AUGGGUUUUGAAGCUGUUCAACUUUUUCAUAAAGUUCCAACGAAUAUAUUAGAUGAACGUGUUUAUAUAUGUGUCUUAAAUGCUUGUGCUCAUGCUGGACUUAUCAAUGAAGCUCGUCAAAUCUGCGAAAAGAUUCCAUUUAAUCAAAGAACGGAACAAAUUUAUACUACAAUGGUCGAUACUUUUAGUCGUGUUUUUCUUUUUGAUCAAGCACAAAAAUUUAUUGAUGAAUUUGAAAAGUCUCAUCAUCCUUCAAUUCCAAUGUAUAUGUCAAUGCUCUCAUCUGCUAGGAAUGCAAAGAAUGCUUUAUUAUCACAAAAGAUUUUUGAUCGUAUUCAGUCAAAUUUUUCCAAUGUUGAAAAUUGUAUUACACCAGCAACAGUUCUUCUUGCUAAUACAUAUGCUUUAAGUGGUAAUAAGUCGAUGGCAUCAAUUAUUCGAACAAAAUUAAGUCAAACAAUUACGAAAAAAGUUGUUGGUUGUUCUUGGACUGUUGUCAAUAGAAAAGUUUUUAAAUUUCGAGCUCAUGAUAGAUCUCAUCCAUGUUCACAAGAUAUUUAUGCAGAAUUAGAUCGAUUAGAAAAAGAACUGAUCGAACAUGGUUACAAAUAUGAUGAAUCUUGGAUAGCACGACCAUUAAAUAAUGAUGAAACUGUUGAAUCAGUAUUAUCUGGACAUAGCGAACGCCUUGCUAUUGCUUAUAAUUUGAUUCAACGGCCAACUCCAACUCGUAUUCAAGUUGUAAAAAAUUUACGUGUUUGCGGCGAUUGUCAUACAUGGACUAAGUUGGUUGCUAAAACUCGUCGAUGUUUGAUAGUUGUUCGUGAUGCUAAUCGUGUGCAUCAUUUCUAUCCUAAUGGUGAAUGCUCAUGUCAGGAUCAUUUUUGA